UGCAAGCGGAGAGGGGAGUGGGGGACGGUCCUGCUAUCAAGCGCAGAUGAAAAUACAGCAGCAGGUUUGAGGAGGACACCUAAUCGUAUUUCGUCCCUCCGUGCAAGCACAGACGACGAACCGCUGAAGCGGGAACACGACGCGGCAGAUGAAAUGCGUUCGCUUGAUAUCAAAGCUGGCGGGUGCAAUCUUUGGAGCAGACGUCCACCAUGGAAACUUCAGAAACCGUUUAGAAACAGUCGGGGAUUGUUACCAUCACAACGGCGGGAUUUCUAACAAACUGUUAGUGUUUGACUAAACCGGCACAAACACACCAGCAAUUUAGUCUUCGUGGGCGAGAUGCGUGUUUGUUUGAGCAACAGCUUGGAAAAUGUGCUGGAAGCUGAAGAGAAAUGUUCCUGAAUUUACACAGACCACAUGCGCCCUCUGAGCUGUCGGCUUCUUUGUGUUUGUUCAGUCAGACCCCCCUACAGAUACUUCUUCAGUCCCACCUCUUACAGUGAAGACAGAAUGCCGAUUAUCAGCAAUGCCAAUCACGACUUCAGCACCUACUCGACGAGCAGCGACGACAGUAGCCUCGACCGCUUCUUCACGGAGAUCCCCGAGACGGAGACAAUCAAGGGGGUGUACUUCCAGCGGGCCCAGCUAUUACGUGAGCCCAAGGCCUCACAUGUGGUCGAUCACACCCUUCAAGUCCUCAUCAAUGUUGGGGGUAAUCGCUACACCUUCCCCUGGAGCACAUUGGAGCAAUUCCCUCAAAGUCGCCUGGGACGCCUGCGCUUCUGCACCACCCCCGAGGAGAUCGCACACCUCUGUGAUGACUAUGAUGAGACACGCAAGGAAUAUUUCUUUGACCGCAACCCCACAGCUUUCCGGGUCAUUCUCAAUUUCCUUGCAGCGGGCAAAUUGCGUCUGCUCAGGGAAUUGUGCGCCGUAUCUCUGCAUGACGAGCUCGACUACUGGGGUGUCGACCCAGGUCACAUGGAGCGGUGCUGCCGUCGUCGCAUGAUCACCCGCGUGGAGGAGGUGGCCGAGCGAGAGCGCAAAGAAGAGGAAUGGAGACGGAAGAGGAUAAAGCUGAAGAAAAACGCGGCAGAAGUGGAGAGAGGCCACUGCAAGCUGAUCUGGAUGCUGCGGGAAGUGGUGGAAAACCCUCAUUCGGGGUUGGCAGGAAAGAUAUUUGCUUGCCUCUCUGUCAUUAUGGUGCUGGUCACGGUGGUCAGCCUGUGUAUCAGCACCAUGCCAGACCUUCGAGACGAAGAGACGAGGGGCGAGUGUUCCCAGAAGUGUCACAGCAUGUUUGUGGUGGAGUCCAUUUGUGUAGCCUGGUUCACUUUUGAAUUUGUGCUGCGAUUUAUAAAUGCCCAGAGUAAGCUGGCCUUUGCUCGUGGUCCCCUCAACAUCAUUGACGCCGUCGCCAUCCUGCCAUACUACGUGUCGCUGGCGGUGGAUGUCAGAGAUGAGACCCAGGACGAAAUGGUCAUGGGUGCCGGCAGAGGCUACUUGGACAAACUGAGUCUCAUUCUCCGCUUGCUGCGCGCGCUGCGCAUCCUUUACGUUAUGCGGCUUGCUCGUCACUCCCUGGGUUUACAAACACUGGGCCUGACGAUGCAGCGCAGCAUGAGGGAGUUUGGCCUACUGCUGCUAUUUGUCUGCGUGGCCGUGACUCUCUUUUCACCAUUGGUCCAUCUUGCAGAAAGCGAACUGGCGCCGUAUGCCGCUACCCAUCCGCAAAACAGCUUCAGCAGCAUCCCGGCGACUUACUGGUGGGCAAUCAUCUCUAUGACAACUGUUGGUUAUGGAGACAUGGUCCCCCGCAGCUUCCCCGGACAGAUGGUGGCACUGACUAGUAUCCUGAGUGGAAUACUCAUCAUGGCCUUCCCCGCCACUUCCAUCUUCCAUACCUUCUCCCGCUCCUAUCAGGAGCUGAAGCAGGAGUAUGAACGGCUUUGGAAGGAAGAGAGAGGAGAAGAAAUAGCAGCAGAAUCAGAAGAGAUGUGCUCCAAGGUUGAGUUGACCUCAAUUGAGCUCACAUCUCUAUCUCGAUUAGACAAUUUGGAACUCGUAGAGAGAGAGGAUCGUUCUGCUCUUCCGACGACAGUUUUCUAACAGAACAGUCACCUUGGAAAUGUAUGCACGGGGGAAAAAAAACAUUCUGUUGACAGCUUCACUGCCAAGCUGGUGUUUGGACAAUUCAUUCUUCUUUCUUUCACUUCCCUUGUGAACAACUAUAGAUGAGUUGGACUGGAGAAGAGUGAACAACACAAGAGUAGAUCAACAAGCAACCAGUGUCACUUCUUGAAUUAUGAUUGAAUUAAAUGUAUGCCAUUUUUUGGGGGGGUGGGGUUGGGGGGGUCUGAUAAAAUCGCUGCUUUGUCAUCUUAUAGUAUGUCUUGUGCGGCAGCCUGUAGUUGCCUAUUGCUUUCGGAACAAUGAAAUCAUGUGUACACCCGAAAUUUAGGAGUAUCAUGUUGAUGUUUGGUAAAGUGUGUUUGUGAGGUUGUGCACACUAUGAAAACAGAUGUCUCGGUCGUACGUCUCUUAAUCUAUGAAAGACCUAUUUAGGAUUGGAUUCAACCUUUUUAAAAACUUUUCACCAUUCAUAAAGACAUUUUAAUCAACUGCAUGUGGAUGUGGAAGAACG